AUAACAGCAAGCCUUGGAUCGUGAACUAAUUGGAAUUAUGGCAGCAAACAUUCAUACAGGAUGAGAUUGCCGGCUUGUUUUUAUUUUAAUUUAUAAAUCUUGGUUCUUAAUAUUUGUGGUUAAAUAGGUGAUGAAGUUGUAUAAAGUCUAGAGCCUUGAAAGUUCUAACAUUUCAGAUCCUCCGGCAAAAAUGGGGCACAAAAACAGCAUGUUUCGAUACGCAGAUGGCACCGAUAAGUUGUUGAUGUUCUUCGGGACGUUAGGCAGCAUCGGUGACGGGUUGCAGAACCCUCUCAUGAUGUAUGUUCUUAGUGAGGUUAUUAAUUCUUAUGGGAAGGGUCAGGUCACAAAUGCAGAUGUAGAUAAGUUUGCACUCAGGUUAUUCUAUGUUGCAAUUGGAGUUGGAUUAGCAGCAUUUGUUGAAGGGUUAUGUUGGACACGAACAGCGGAGAGGCAGACUUCUAAAAUGAGAAUGGAAUAUAUGAAAUCUGUUCUUAGACAAGAAGUUUCCUUCUUUGACACCCAGACUGCUGGUUCUUCAACAACAUUCCAAGUUAUCACGAUCAUCUCCUCCGAUGCCACUGCGGUCCAAGUUGCCUUGUGUGAGAAGAUACCUGACUGCCUGACGUACAUGUCAACUUUCUUCUUCUGCCAUAUAUUCGCCUUUAUGCUGUCAUGGAGGCUGACGUUGGCGGCUAUGCCGCUUUCAAUCUUGUUCAUAGCUCCGGGACUUGUAUUCGGAAAGAUCCUGAUGGGGCUGGUAAUGAAGGGAAUUGCAGCUUAUGGAGUUGCUGGGGGACUUGCUGAACAAGCAAUUUCUUCAGUAAGAACCGUGUACUCAUACGUUGGAGAGAACCAAACGCUGAAUAGGUUCAGCACUGCACUUCAGACAGUUACUGAACUUGGAAUAAAGGUAGGUUUGGUAAAGGGAGUGCUGAUGGGAAGCAUGGGAAUGAUCUAUGUUGGUUGGGGUUUCCAAGCUUGGGUCGGGACUUAUUUGGUUACUCAGAAAGGCGAAGAUGGCGGUCAUGUUUUUGUAGCCGGUUUCAAUGUCCUCAUGGGAGGCUUGAGUAUUUUAAGUGCACUCCCAAACUUAACUGGCAUCACCGAGGCAUUAGCAGCUACAACUCGAAUCCUUGAAAUGAUUGAUCGAGUUCCUAGUAUCGACACUGAAGACAGAAAAGGGAAGGCUUUGUCACAUGUCAAAGGAGAAAUAGAAUUCCAAGACAUUUACUUCAGUUACCCAUCGAGACCUGAUACCCCAGUCUUACAAGGCUUGAGUCUUAAGAUUCCGGCUGGUAAGAGUGUAGGUCUAGUUGGGGGCAGUGGUUCGGGCAAGUCAACCACCAUUGCAUUGCUCGAAAGAUUUUAUGACCCCAUUGAAGGAGAAAUUCUGUUGGAUGGACACAAAACUCGUAGACUUCAGGCGAAAUGGCUGAGAUCCCAGAUCGGUCUAGUUAAUCAGGAACCAGUUCUGUUCGCAACUUCCUUAAAAGAGAACAUACUUUUCGGAAAGGAAGGGGCCUCAAUGGAUGAAGUAAUAACUGCGGCCAAAGCUGCAAACGCACAUGACUUCAUCGUCAAGUUACCAGACGGAUAUGAAACUCAAGCUGGUCAAUUCGGAUUCCAACUGUCUGGUGGGCAAAAGCAGCGGAUUGCCAUAGCGAGAGCUCUGCUGAGGGAUCCGAAAAUUCUGCUUCUUGAUGAGGCAACUAGCGCACUGGAUGCGCAAUCAGAAAGAGUAGUGCAGGAGGCAAUUGAUCAGGCAUCAAAAGGGAGGACAACAAUCAUCAUUGCCCAUCGCCUGUCUACAAUCCGAACAGCAGACUUGAUUUUUGUUCUUCAAGCCGGGAAAGUAGUAGAAUCAGGCUCACACAAUCAACUAAUGCAAAAGAAAGGGGAACAAGGAGGCGAAUACUUCAAGAUGGUACAAAUGCAGCAGAUGGCAGGCAAAAAUGAGGAUUAUGAGGAUUUCAGUUCUCCAAUAUAUGAAAAGCCUCGCCGUAGGAGUGUUACGCCAAGCCCCAUUAGUUUCAGAUCAGUUACUCCUUCUCCAGCCUUCAACCCCACACCGAUGUCUAUGUCCAUGGGAACACCCUACUCUUUCUCUCUCCAAUAUGAUCCAGAAGAUGAAAGUGACGAUGAAGGCUUCAAGCGCCCGAAUCAUCCUCCUUCCCAAUGGCGUCUGCUAAAAAUGAAUGCACCAGAAUCUGGACAAGCCUUACUUGGAUGCUUGGGUGCAAUAGGCUCCGGGGCAGUACAACCUAUAAACGCCUAUUGUGUAGGAUCGCUUAUAUCAGUCUACUUCCUUCAGGACAAAUCUGAAAUUAAGAGACAAUCCAGAGUCUUGUCCCUCGUUUUCUUAGGCAUUGGCUUUUUCAACUUCUUCACCAAUCUCCUCCAACACUACAAUUUUGCAGUCAUGGGAGAAAAGUUGACGACAAGGGUAAGAGAGAAAGUGCUUGAAAAGCUGCUAACUUUUGAGAUCGGGUGGUUUGAUCAAGAUGAGAACACAAGUGCAGCUAUUUGUGCAAGGUUAGCCACCGAAGCAAACAUGGUUAAAUCUCUUGUUGGGGACCGGAUGUCAUUGCUGGUCCAAGCAGUUUUCGGGGCUUGCUUUGCUUACACAGUAGGACUUGUGUUGACAUGGAGGCUAGCCCUUGUGAUGAUAGCAGUGCAGCCACUAGUCAUCGGGAGUUUUUACGCUAGAAGCAUCCUAAUGAAGAGCAGUGGUGAGAAAGCACGAAAAGCUCAAAAGCAAGGAAGCCAAUUGGCGAGCGAAGCUGUCAUCAACCACAGAACUAUAACCGCUUUUUCUUCUCAAAAAAAGAUUUUGGGGCUGUUUGGUGCUACCUUGAAAGGUCCAAAGAAGGAUAGUAUUAAACAGUCUUAUGUUUCAGGUGCUGGUUUGUUUAGCUCCCAAUUCUUCAACACUGCCGCUACAGCUUUAGCAUACUGGUACGGUGGGAGGCUACUGGUGGACGGGCAGAUAACUCCAAAGGAACUCUUCCAGGCAUUUUUGAUACUGCUAUUCACUGCUUAUAUCAUUGCAGAUGCCGGAAGCAUGACUUCUGAUAUAUCUAAAGGAAACAGUGCCAUUCAAUCAGUUUUCGCAAUGUUGGACAGGAAAAGUGAGAUUGAUCCGGAUAACCAAUGGGGACUUGAAAUCAAGAGAAGGAUCAAGGGUCGCGUCGAGUUCAGAAAUGUUUUCUUUUCAUAUCCAACAAGACCUGAGCAGAUGAUCCUUAAGGGAUUGAGCCUCAGAAUCGAUGCAGGCAAGACAGUGGCGCUGGUUGGGGGAAGUGGUUCUGGAAAAUCCACCAUUAUCGGACUCAUUGAGAGGUUUUACGACCCAAUGAACGGAACAAUAUGCAUAGAUGAGCAGGAUGUCAAGAACUAUAACUUGAGACUGUUGAGGUCACACAUUGCAUUAGUCAGUCAGGAGCCUACUCUAUUUGCUGGAACAGUCCGCGAAAAUAUAGCCUAUGGAAAACAGAAAGCGAAAGAAUCUGAGAUAAAGAGGGCUGCAAGUCUUGCCAACGCUCAUGAAUUCAUCAGUGGAAUGGAUAAUGGUUAUGAUACAUAUUGUGGAGAAAGAGGAGUUCAGUUAUCAGGUGGUCAGAAACAAAGGAUUGCAAUAGCUCGGGCGAUACUGAAGAACCCGUCAAUCCUCCUACUAGAUGAAGCUACCAGCGCGCUUGACAGCGUGUCGGAAAAGGCAGUUCAAGAAGCGCUUGAAAAGAUGAUGGCUAGUAGAACAUGCAUCGUCAUUGCUCACCGGCUAUCUACGAUACAGAAGGCCAACUCCAUUGCCGUGAUCCAGAACGGGAAGGUAGCGGAACAAGGCUCACAUAACGAAUUGCUUUCGUUGGGGCGCAACGGAGCGUACUACAAUCUUAUAAAACUACAAACUGGUAGCUCAGCUCCUAGGUGAACCAGAUAAAUAGUGACAAAGUAUUUAAGGAUGUUGCAUUGUAAUAUGUAGAUUGGCUUUGAAUAGUUACCUCAAUUUUUGUUAUAUUAUACAUAGGCUUGAUAUGAGAAACCCCAUUACCAUUUGUAUCUGUAGCAUGAGAAGUUAUUCUAAUUCAAACAUGACCCAUGAAUUUAUCGUGUCCAAAUA